AUGGAGAGUAAGGCUGAACAGCUCAUGGCGGAGGCGGAGAAAUCGCUCAAGGGCUUCUCUUUGGCCAAAUACUUCAGCGGUGACAAGUACGAAAAGGCACGCGACAAAUUCACGCAGGCGGCAACGCAGUACAAAGCAUGCAACAACUACGCCAAGGCCGCCAAGGCGUAUGGGCGAGCCGCUGACAUGUCAAGGGCAAGCAAGAAUGACGUGGAUGUGACAACGGACCUUGAAGACGCCGCGAGGUGCUACGUCAAGGCCAACGACACAAAGACGGCAGCGGAUUUAUAUGCGCAGGUGCUGGAACAGUAUGAGAAGGGUCAGAUGCACAUCAAAGCUGCAAAGACGUGCGUCAGUUUGAGCGAGAUCACGGAGGGGGCGGCUCCGAUAAAGUGGCUCGAGAAGGCGUCCACGUACUACCGGAUGCAGGGGUCACGGGCGUCAGCCGAUGAGUUGAGGCAAAAGGUGGCAGAGGCAAAGGCGAGGCUGGGCGACUACAAAGGCGCGCGUGAGUUGUAUGAGCUACUUGCGCGUGAUACGUUGAACGACGCGGUGCUGCGUAGUGCGGCGCGAAAGUUGUUCUUCAUGGCACUUCUAACGCAACUCGCCACAUUUACAAAGGAAAACGUUAUGGAGGACGUGGCCGAGUUGCGGGAGCGGUUUGAGGAGUAUCAGGAGCUGGACCCGCAGUUUGACCAUCUCACGCGCGAGCACAUGCUUGUGAAGGCCGUCAUCGAGGCCAUGGAGGAGGAGAGCGUGGAGAAGAUGGAGGCGGCGGUCAUGGACUACGACAAAAUUUGUGUCUUGGACGACCUGAAGGAGAAGAUGCUUCUCCGCGCCAAGCAGGCACUCGUUGGGCGCCUUCAUGACCUUCGUUAA